UUUCUGAAAAUCAAUUGGCUGCAAUAGCAACAAAAUGCGCAGUUUUUAGAAACAGUGAGACCAUGAACGCGAAAUAGCAUAAAUAGUUUGAAAUAAAAGCUGAAACAUGUAACGCAUCGAUUGACAAAAGGACACGUAUCCUUUCCCAUUCCCACUAUAUUUCAAUAUUUAAUAUAUUUUCAUUUGUUUAUUUAUUUAUUCUGUCGUUAGUUACAGCUAAAAAGUCAAAGAGAAUAGAUGCACGUAUUCCGCAGAUCAUUUCGCGAUUAAAUAUUUAACUUUAUUAUAAAAAAUAUUUUAAUAAUGAUGAUGUUCUUAAAGUUUAUUUUUUUAUGUUUACUAUUUGUGAAUUUCGUCGGCUGCGAUGACAUUGAGGAGUCUCCAGAAUCAACGAGUUUGUCAGAUUUUCAAAAUGAUACGAAACAACUACUUGAGCUGUGCUUUCCUGAUAAAUUGAACCCUGCGGUUAUAACUGUUGACUUGAUUGACAUCAUGUUCGAAAUUUCAAUAAACGAAGUGGUCAACGCGUCGAUUGUAACGAUCGAUGAUGAUUUCGAGUCAACUGUGAUGAAAUGGCACUAUCCAAAUCAUCCCUCGUACAUUAUAUCAGCAGAGUCUGAUAAAAAACUAAAAGCUCUUCUUCACGAAAUAAAAUCGUCGAUUAUUUGGAACGUCGAGUCAUUGGUUUUCGUUGUUGGUGAAAAUUGUGGAAAGGCAAUGAAAGUACUGAGAAUGGUGUGGAAUAUUGAAGCCCUUGGAUCAUUUUACGUUUGUCGAGAUCAAGUCAACAAAAGUACGCUGGUGUAUACAUUUAACCCCUACACUGAUAGAGCACCGAAACCCUGGAGUAGAGUUAAGAAGAAAUCGAAAGAUAAUCGAUGGACAUUGUAUAGGCAGUCAUUUAAAAACGAUUCGGAAUUGUGUCAAAGUUAUCAUUUUGACAAAACCAAAAAUCUGGACGGUUACCCAGUGAAAGGUUAUGCACAUAAUUUACUCUUUGAUGUUUCAUCAAAUGAAUUUAUACCUGAAGUACUCAAUCAGCAAAUCGGGAACCCGUAUUUCGUUUUUGAAAACAUAUUUUCAAUGUUGAAUGUCACACCGGUGAUGCAUUACUGUAUGAUUGAUGAUGUUCCACAUUCUGUAAGAACUAAAAACUUAUUUAAUAACGCUACUUACGAUGUAUGGUUGAAAUUACAACCACUCGAUCUACUUUAUUACGAAUAUCUCGAUAUUAUUCCUCUAUACUCAGAAGAAGGCUACACGAUAAUAACAAACUCACGUUCUGUUCCAAUCCUUGAGGAAAUUGUCGACAGUAUGUUCAGUUAUCAAACUCUGAUACUUUCGAUUAUCAUUCUAACUAGUAUUUUUAUACUUGUUUUAGUCAAUAAUAAGUUUAAUUUUGUUGCAACCUUAUUCGAUAUUUUGUUGUUGGUAUUGAAUAUGGGGAUGACGACACCCAUAGAACGUUUAUUCAUGCGUAUUACUUUUCUAGCCACAUCUUUAUUUAUUUUGAUGUUUAAUCCGGCAUUAGAGGGUCAACUCAUGGCAAUGCUGGCAAAACCGAGUUACCGUAGGGUCGAAAAUUUAGAUGAUUUACAUUCAAAUAAAUAUAAAGUCUUCUUCGACGAUAGAAUCCGCGAUUAUAUAGCCGAGACACAAAUAUGGUCAAGUGAUUCUGAUAAGGAAUACUUGUAUGAGCAAAACUCGUUUGAUCAUGGUCGCUGCUACAACUACAUUACGAGAGAUUCUUUCGGUUCGUUACAAACCUUUAAUUUGAUAUUUGAUACAAUCCCAUUCAUCGAUCCAGUUCCGAUGAAUGAUUCACUUUCAGUAAAUGUUUCUCAUCUGAUCAAUGAUUCCCGUCCAAUAAAUAUGUCAAGUCCGUUAAAGACCAUAUUUUCAGAAUAUGAUUCAGUUACGAAAAAUACUUUGGCGGCUUGUAUAUUUGCUCAUACGUUUCUAAACGACCUAUCACUAAGUGACAAUUUGUACAUAUCAAAAGACGUAUUAUUCAAAUCGUACAACGUGUUUAUGAGUCGUAAACGUUGGAGUUUGAAAAACAAAAUCGAUAAAGCAGCAUUGAAUAUUUUUGAAACCGGUCACAUUCAUUACGCCGAACGAUUUGAACGUUAUAAAAAAAUAAUAAGAAAAAGGAAAUUAGCUGCUAGAAUAGAAUCAUAUAAAAGUGGAUUCGAUCAAUUAGAAUUCGAAGAUUUUCGGAUGGUUUAUAUUUUCAGUACAUUGAGCUUAAUGUGGAUAAUCACUGUUUUUAUUUUUGAAGUAUUGUUCAAAGAAAUAACGGAAUUAUGUGACAAACGUUCACAAAAAUUAGAAAUGAAACGAAUUAAAAUACAGCGAAAAUUAGCAUUGAUCAAUAAACAAACUGCUGUUGCUAAAACACGGGUUUAAUUAUUCGUAUUGUUGUAAUAUUGCGUGACUUGUAUGACUAAAUUUAUUAAUAGGGCGGGUAUAAAGCACGAGGUUCCUUGCAUAGUUUAGUCAAAGUUUUCUUUGUCAAUGAAGUAUUUCGUUAAUAAGAUAAUUAAACAUUUGUCUAACAAUUUUUUAAGCUUAUGAUUUUGACAACAUCUCGUAUUACUAAAUAACAAACCAUUCUUGGAUUUUAUUUCAUGAAUUUGUGAAGAAAUAUAUUCUAUUUUCUGCCCUUGCUGUCCUUGAACUCAGUAAUUAAAUAUUGCGUGUCGUGUUGUUUGACUCAUAUAUCCAUUGAUUGAUAUUGUGUGUUGUUAUAAUGAUCGACUUUUUAAUAAGGUAUAUAAAUUUGAAAAUAUUAACCACGUGUUGGCACAGAAUUAAAAAAUUUCAUGUUCUGUAUGAAAUAAAUUGGAUGUAAUUUUCAUUAAUUCUGUUUAUUCUCAUGUGACUUAUAUGGCCGCCAUAUACUUACAUAGGUAAUGUUCAGUAGGAUGACCCAAGAAAACCAACAAUUUUUUUUUUCGAAUCAUGAAAAUUUGUUGGUUUAACAUAUUUUUAGAAUCUUCUCCAAAAAUCAGCUCCAUAAAAAUUUUCAAAGGGUAGCUCCAGGAUUUGGAAAAUUCCAAAAAUGAUUGAAAUUCGGAUUUUUGUUUUGUUAAUGUUUUCUUUCUCGUGACAACAAUAGUUUAUAUUUGUAAAAAUCAUGAAUACUAUGAAAAUUUCAGCCCGAAAUUUAAAUAUUUAAACGUCGCUUAAGAAUUUCGAAUGUUUCCGAGUACUUUUGAACGUUUUCGAGCGACCCUUGAAUACUAAUAGUAAGGGGUAACGGUGACCGAUUUUCAAUUCAAUUUAAUUCACGAACAAACACUGGAAACCUAAAAUAGAGAAUCUUCAGCGUUUUUUAAAACCUUAACAAAGAGCUAGAAAUUUCGUAUUUUCAAAAAUUCUAAUUCGUCUCCGAGAAAAAUUGUUUUAAAAUUCUCAUUUACUCUACGAGUGCAACAAAGACAGUCCCGUUUGUUUUUUUGAGUGUGAGAAAGAGGUCCGGUAGCGUAUCCCUUUAAGGCGUCUUGAUUUUUCACCGUCAAUUUAUAUCACAAUAAAUAAAAAUAUAACCUCAAAAGUUGAACAAAUGAGUUAUUUACAUACUUUAUCUAUUUUAAUUCAAUUGUUAGAUGUUUUUGGUCAUUCAGAUCUUACUUAAUUUGUUUGUUUAUGACAUUCCAGUAUAUUUUUGGUUAUACAAAAGUUAUAUUUUAGUGGAAUGAUAAUAGAGUUAUAUAAAAAUAAAAAAAAGAAUUUAAAAUAUUAGUCCGUUAUCAUUAGUUGAUAGUCAAAAUUUUUAAGCGACUUAAAACUCCCAAUUUUGAUCAUUAUUAGAAAAUUCUUAUAAAAUUUUGAACCAACAAAUUUUCAUAUCAGACUCGAAGAUAAGUAGUUGGUUUUCGUGGACCACCUGAAUGAUCAUUAAAAAAAAAUUAAUAAAAUUGUGUACUUAUUGAAGAAAUAAAUAA